AUGGAUUCAGAAAGCUCGCAGGCGGGCUCGACAAGGCGACGAGGUUCGUCGCUCGUGCAACAAAUCAUCAACGAAGAACGUAUUGGCAUCCGGAGAGCCAGCCCAAGGCGAAUGCCUUCCGACAUUCCCGAAGCCGCUCAUGCCGAAUCACCACAUAGCUACGAAGAGGACGAGACCAAUCCCGUGUCGUCGGGCUCAGACUGGGAGAUGGACGACAUUCGAUCCGACGAGGGUCUUGAAGACGACGAAGAGACGGGCUUGACGAUCCAGGACCGUCAGAAGAGAACGAGACGCAAGCGACGGAACACACUGGCAGAUGAGAGAAUCGUUCCCGAUGGCGAAAUUUCCAAAGAGGAAGAGCGCCUGGCCACUGCAAGCUUCAUGCGCGAUGCAAUCAUAAACUGCAUAUUGAUAGGACUAUGGUACACCUUCUCAAUAUCCAUCUCCGUUUACAACAAAUGGAUGUUCUCAAAAGGCAAUCUCGACUUUCAUUUCCCUCUUUUCACCACCUGCGUACACAUGCUCGUACAAUUUUGCCUUUCUUCGCUCGUUCUAUACUUCAUUCCCAAUCUACGACCGAAACACAAACCGGCAGACUAUGCGCCAAUUGCGCAGUCAGCAGACGGCGAUACACUCGAAACACCUCGCAAGCCGCUCAUGACUGGCUGGUUCUAUUUGACCCGCAUUGGCCCUUGUGGUGCAGCUACUGGCUUGGACAUUGGCCUUGGAAACAUGUCACUCAAGUUCAUCUCCUUGACUUUCUAUACCAUGUGUAAAUCGUCCGUGCUGGGCUUUGUACUUAUUUUUGCCCUGCUCUUCCGUCUGGAGAAGCCUUCGCUAAAGGUUGGCGCUAUCAUCCUUACCAUGAUGUUCGGAGUAAUCAUGAUGGUCGCGGGAGAAACAGCUUUCAGCAUACUAGGGUUCAUACUGGUUAUGAGCGCAGCAUUCUUCUCUGGUUUCCGCUGGAGUUUGACCCAGAUUUUGCUUCUUCGCAGCCCGGCCACCAGCAAUCCAUUUUCUUCCAUUUUCUUCCUGGCACCCGUUAUGUUUGCAGCACUGCUGAUCAUCGCAUUGCCCGUAGAGGGUCCUAUCGAGCUUGCCGGAGGGUUGCGUGCCCUGGCAGACUCCAAAGGUGUCGCUGGUUCGAUCGGCAUCAUUCUUUUCCCUGGCGUACUGGCCUUCUUGAUGACGGCAUCGGAGUUUGCUCUUCUCAAACGCACCAGUGCGGUGACGUUGAGUGUAUGCGGCAUCUUCAAGGAAGUGUUGACAAUCUCGGCUGCUGGUAUCAUAUUUGGCGACAAACUUACACCUAUCAACAUUUCUGGACUGUUCGUGACCAUCGCCAGCAUUGCUGCAUACAACUUUAUGAAGAUGCGAACAAUGAGAGACGAAUCGAAGAGAGAGGCGCAUGAGCAAAUGGUGGCCGUAGAGUCGAGGCGUUCGAUCGAAGAGAGCAACGGCAAGACCAGCAAGGAGCAUACGAGGAAGGCAAGCGCAGCAGGAGGGUUGAUCAGAAACAGUCUCAGUCUCAACAUCGCUCCAUUGCUGGAGCAGAACACGAAAGACAGAGCUAGCCCUGUCAAGAGGCCCGAAGACCUCGACUAG